AUGAGCGGGCACCCCCAAGGAGAAGCGACUGAGGCCGGACAGAGGCGGCCCAAGAGGGAUUCGAACCUAGGUCGCCACCGCAGCCUCGAGCUCCGAGGUCAGCGCGCUGUCCCUGCUCCACGCGGGCGGGAGGUGGCGGUGGCAGUGAGCGGCGUGCGAGCGGGACCAGGCUCGGUCCCGCCCCCUAGCCCAAGCCCCGCCCCUCCCUUCGGCGCUCCCUCCGGGCUCCCGGCCCCGCCCGGCCCGAGGGGAGGGCACCAGCGCUCGGCCCUACCUCGGCCCAGCGGUGAGGGCGGGCAGAUUCGCUACAAACGGCCCAAGGCAUUCACCCCACCCCCUCCCAGUCCCCGCGGAGAGACCCCAUCUCCGCCUCCGCCCCACCCCCGCGGCGGCGGCGGCUCCAGCGGGCUCUGGCCUGACCCCACGUGGGGCGGACAGGAGGUGUCGGAGGAGUCGUGUCGAAAGUGCGACUCGGCGCGGCCGCGGCCUCGCGUUUACCCUGCGCUGCUGCGGCCGCCGCCGCCGCUACCGCCGCCACCACCGCCGCCUCCGCCACCGCUGCUGCCGCCCCGAGCCGCCCCCGCCGCCUCCGCCCCCGAGCCUCUAUUGUUCCGCCAGCAGCGGCGCGGCCCGAACCCAGCCCGGCCCGCCCGGGAGGCAGCGAGCGGCCUCAGGACGAGCGGGGCCAGGGCGUCCGGGCGCCCGGCUGGGCUCGGCGGAGGCUGCUGCGCGCCCUCGGCGGCCAACCCCGUCCCGCCGCCUCUCCCGGCCCGAGGGCCCCGCCCGGACGCCGGCUAUGAGCCCGCACUGGCGGCGGCCGGUGAGUACGCGCCCGCCCGAGGGGGGACGUCCGGGAGGGGGCGCGACGGGGGCCGGGGCACUGCCCGCGGGCGGUUGCCCGGCCCCGUUGUCCAGAACCCCACCCCCGCCCGGGGGGGUUAUCUGGGACCCCUAUCCGUUCCGCCGGCUCCAGUAGUCCGGGACUCCCCCCAUCUGCCCGGUCCGGUUGUCCAGAACCCCCUCGCAGACCUUCCCCGCCCUGGGCUACGGCUCCUGGAGAGCGUCCAGGAGCGCAGUCCCUUCUCGGCCAGCCGGGAUGCCCCCUUGCUACAAAGUAUCCUUCAGGGGCCCUCAACUUGUGCCUCUCUCCGCUUGUCUCUUAUCCCUGGAAGGCCUCCUCGGGGGCGGGGGGGGGGGUAG